ACUUUGGCUCGCGGACCGUGAACACGCGCGCAGCCUCCGUCGCGCGUGACUCAUCACUUCUACGCGCGUCGUACGUACGCGGUAAAUACCUCUUACCGGCGCGGGACUUACGCUCGACUUUAUUCGCAAAAAAACAUAACACUCGACUAAGAAACCGGCGCUGACGCAACGCGCGGGGGAAAAAUAAUUAAACCCGCUCAGCUGAUAUUGACAGUAUUCGCGAUUUCUUAAUUUAAAUAUCAGUAGAUACGCGCUUCUACAAACUUUAGUACCUACGUAACUCGAAUGAUAGAAGUUAUUUUGGACUAUUCCGCUCGAACCUUCAGUGAGUCAUAUAAAAUGACGAAAGUUAAGUUGAAAUCUUCAAGGCCCGGCCCGAUUCCCGCUAGUAUACGUAAAUAUUGAGUUAAGGAAAAAGUUAUGUAAACGCUCGUGAUUGUUUACGUCUAGCGUAUGAGUGAACUUGUGUGCCAAUUAACCGACUUUAGAACUGUUAAAAUAUUAGUAAAACGCAAACCGAAGAUCUCGUAUUGUAUAUCUAAGUGUAAAUAUAAAAGCAAACAAUCAACCGAAUAGGAACAACACUUCACCGAACAAUAACACGGAAAAUAAUAUUGGAUUGGUGCCAAAAGUUGUUUUAAGGUGCCUCAAGUGUUCCUAACAAUAACUUACUCAUCGGUGCAAAGGUCGUAUGCAGGGAGAUACGGCGAAAGUAUUCUUGCCUUUUAAAUCUUUAAACAACUUUACGAAACGUCUGGCUUAUUAAUCAUUGACACAAAGUAUCCGUACAAAGUUAUAAGAAACCAAAUUCAAAUUUCGAAGACUUGAAAAGUGACCAAAGAACAAAUAAUACUCAAAGAAGUCGCACGUGAAGCAUUAGCAAGAGUAGUGCAAGAGCGGGCGGCGGAAACGUGUGAUGCUGUUUUGAAGGAUGCACUUGCCCUAUGAGUCGAGAGGCCGCCGGCGCCGAGAGAUGGCCGAACUCGAGCCCUGGUGGCUGCAUUCCAUUAUUGAGGAGACGAAGAUCGAGCACCCUGAUCUCGUACGAACCGGCAGCCCUGACUACAUGUGCUCGGCCCUGCCCCACCACUGGCGCUCCAACAAGACCCUGCCCGGGGGCUUCAAGGUGGUGGCCCUGGGAGACGUGGUGGACGGCACCCAGGUGACCGUCCGCGCCGGCAACGACGAGAACUGCUCCGCUGAGCUGAGGAACAACACUGCGCUCAUGAAGAACAGGGUCGCCAAGUUUAACGACUUGAGGUUCGUCGGGAGAAGCGGUAGAGGAAAGAGUUUCUCGCUGACCAUCACGGUAUCAACGUCACCGCCUCAAGUCGCCACGUAUCAGAAAGCCAUUAAAGUCACCGUCGAUGGACCAAGGGAACCUCGUUCUAAAACUAGUACAAAUACCUCACCCCACCAAAUAAGGGCGAUAGGCUUCCAGCGGUCGUUCAUCCCCAGCUCAUCCAUGGCGCUCCGGGAGAUGGACUACAAAUCCUCGUCGAGGAGUCUCCGCUCCCUCUCGCACGAGGACCGGGAGUACAAGACCAACGCCAACCUGCCAACUGAAGAAAACACCGGUAACAUACUGGGGGCAAGCGAGUGGAACACCGGGUACCCGUCGGCGACCACCGUGUACCCCGGCUAUGGGCCCCUACAACCUCCUUACUAUAAGCCGGACCCCACAAUACAUAUACCUGCAGUCCUCCCGGAAAUACAGCUGGGUCACGCCGACUACGGCUUCCAAUCGAGCUCAACGGGCUUCAAGGGCAGUCCGAGCGCCGCCACCGGCACCCUCACAGAUCUCAACUCCGCCGCCAUGCCUGCGCAGAGAUACGACCCCAACAAUUACUACAACACAUGGCCGACGAACUCCUACAACUAUCAGUACAACAACAUCAACAACAACCCCGCCUGCCUACAAUCCCACACGCCCUACAUAAACCCCAACACGCAAAUGAUUGUCCCCAAUCUAUACUCCACCGUCAACCAAAACGAAAUACACGUCCAUCUCCACAGCACCGACAAGUAUAAUAUCUCCGAACAAUACAUGCCGCGUGAAAUAAAAAUUAGCGAUAUAGAUGGCGGGAUUUCUAUCACAACAGACCUACCGGGGGUGAGUGAAGCGAGCGGUCUAGUGCAAACUUGUGAGAGUGUCGAUGACGUGAAACAUGGACUCUAUGGCGCGGGCAGCCAAGAAGUUUGGAGACCCUAUUGACAAAUCGUGCAACCUCAUUAUAAUAAUCAACAUUCCAUUGUACAUAUUGUGAUAUAGUUAUUGUUUAAUUAUAAAAUUGUAGAUUUAUUGUAUAGUAGGAAUCGAUUAAUGUUAAACAUUAAUUAGAUGUUAAGUGUUAAUAAAUGUACCUAUUUGAUUAAAUUGUAAUGAGAUAAAUAAUUAACAUUACAUGUUA